AUGUAUUGGAAGGCUCUGAUCGUGUCAUUCCUCGCCGGCCAUGGCUCUAGCCAGAUGAUGCCAAUGUUGCGAUUCAGUUGCUCGCAGCUUGUGGUCGAGCGUCUAGAUCCUUUGGUAAACCCAGGCCUUAUACCUUCGCCACAUGUUCACCAAAUCGUCGGCGGUAAUUCGUUCAAUGCGUCCAUGGAUCCAGCAACUCACGACUUACCCAAAGGCUCUUCUUGCACCAGUUGCACUUUCUCGGAAGACUUUUCCAACUACUGGACCGCGGUCUUAUAUUUCAGAGCACGCAAUGGCACCUAUAAACGCGUGCCUCAAUAUGCCAGCGAAGGUCUCACUGCUGACGGCGGCAUUACGGUGUAUUACAUCCCGGCGCCCAAUGCGCAGACAAACGUCACCGCCUUCAGGCCCGGCUUCCGUAUGCUUGUUGGAGAUGCCUUACUCCGCUCGCCAGGCACCGCACGCAAGGUAUGCCACCGUUGUAUGCCGGCAUCAGGAGAUAACAAGAACAUAAACUGCGGGGCUCCAGACAGCCAAGUCUUGCCCAAAGGCUUCUGCGCCGGUGGUAUUCGUUCGGUCAUCACCUUUCCCACCUGUUGGGACGGUAAGAAUUUGGAUAGCGCCGACCACAGAAGUCAUGUGGCCUAUCCAAGCUCAGGAUCUUCCGAGACGGCGGUAGGGGCAUCGGGUAACUGCCCAGCAAGCCACCCUGUAAAGAUACCUCAGGUGAUGUUUGAAGUCAUGUGGGACACUCGACCAUUCAACAAGAAGGAAUUGUGGCCCGAGGAUGGUUCACAGCCGUUCGUCUGGAGCACCAAUGAUAAAGAUGGAUAUUCUCAGCAUGGUGACUACGUGUUUGGGUGGGAAGGCGAUUCCCUCCAACGUGCGAUGGAUGCCCGUUGCAACGGCUCCGAAUGCAGUACGCUGAAGUCUCAGUCUUCCGAGGAGGCUAUGAAGUGUACCAAGUCACCAGUCGUCAAAGAAGAUAUUGAUGGAUGGCUGGCUGACAUUCCGGGCAUGGCCAUGGCUACUUAG